UUGAAGAGAGGAAAGAAAACCACCACGGAGGUUUGCACGUACGAAAGAGGACAGGAGAAAUUGCGAUAGUUUCCAGUGGACACCUUCCGGCGGAGGCACGAACUAGAGCAAAAGCCGGCGGGGCCUCACCGCUAACGACGCGACCUGUCGGGGGGCACUAAAAACUGUCCGGGGGUUGCAAAAUAAGGGAUGGUGUUUUCGCAGCCGAAAAAUCAAUAGCACGCAGUCGACAAGAAAUUUUGGCGCUUUGUUAUUAAUCGCAAUAAUUAAACUGCCACCGCUAUGCCCAAAGAUAUAGAAAUUGUUUGUGGACGAUACAUUGGAGACGACCAGCCUUGCUUUAUUAUUGCCGAGAUUGGACAAAAUCACCAAGGUGACAUUGAAAUCGCAAAGCAAUUAAUAAAAGCCGCAAAGGAGUGUGGCGCUGACUGUGUUAAGCUACAAAAAAGCUGCCUCAAAGAAAAGUUUACAACAAACGCAUUAUCUAGAAUAUAUGAUGGACCAAAUUCUUGGGGAAAAACUUAUGGAGAACACAAGGAACACUUGGAGUUUGAUAUCAAGCAAAUGAAAGAACUGCAAGACUAUGCAGAAAAAAUUGUUGGCAUUCCAUUUACUGCGUCAGCAAUGGAUUGGCGAUCUGCUGAUGAUCUGGAAUCUCUUGAUGUCCCUUUUAUUAAAAUAGGUUCCGGCGAUACUGACAACUUUCCACUGCUUGAACAUGUUGCAAAGAAGAAAAGAAACCUAGUUUUGUCCACAGGGAUGCAAGAGUUGUGGGUCGUAGAAGAAGCUUAUAACAUUAUUACAAAGCAUCUGGCCAGUUUUGUGAUGCUUCAGUGCACCUCGGCCUACCCAACGCCGGCUUGUGAAGCCAACUUGCGUGUGAUGGAAGAUUAUCGAGCCAGAUUCCCCAAAGCCCACAUUGGCCUUUCCUGCCACGAAGAGGGUAUUUCAAUAUCAAUUGCCGCCGUGGCGCUCGGUGCCAAGGUACUAGAGCGACACAUUACCCUAAGCAAAUCAUUGCGUGGUAGCGAUCACGCCUGUUCCUUGGAGCCGCAAGCAUUACGUGAUUUAAUUCUAGCUGUGAGAUCGGUGGAGGUUGCAAUGGGCAGCCCGCAAAAGUCGUUUCUCCAGUGCGAGUUGCCUUGCAAGCAAAAACUUGGGAAAAGUUUAGUUGCCUCAAGAGCCCUCACCAAGGGUACUAAGCUCGAGCCCGAAACCGAUAUCUGCAUAAAAGUCUCUGAACCGCAGGGUAUUCCUGCCAGCCAAUAUUACUUGGUCAAAGAUUGUAUUUUGUUAAAGGACAUUAAUGUCGACGAGCCAUUGAUGGCCUCUGAUGUGGAAAGAGUCCACAAUGAUGAUGACUCAAUUAAAAACUUAUGUAUCAAUUAGGCACAAUCUCAAUUUCACAGGGUAUUUAAUUUUAAUAAAAAAUAUAUAUUGUUAUUUUUAUUCCGAUUGGCCAAAGUAGAUUUGAUUUUAAAAAUUAAUGUAGUGAAACAUUACUAAAUAUUGAACGGAAGGAUAAAAUGAAUUAAAUUAAUGUAGUGUGAACAUUAUGGUAGGUGACAAAAUUGGUGUUCCUGACAUUUAUUUCGUGAUGUGUGAGACAAAAGAGUUUUAAAACAAAAUAAGUUUUAUAAAUUUUGUAAACUUUGCAAAAUAAAACAA